AUGUAUGAUGAAAAUCCAGUAGUACCUAUACGAUUACUUUCUAUCGGAGCUGUUACAAUUGUGGUUAGUAUUUCUAUUGGCGCCUAUGUAUUUAAAGCACGCUUGAAACGUAUGCGCAAUGCAGUUAAUGCAGAAUCAUUGAAAUACUCGACAAAAUUACCAAUACCUACAAAGUGGGGUCUCUAUUCUCAUACUACAGAAACUGGCCGUGGAAAAAAUCGGUCCACUCACGUUCAUUACCAAAUAAAAAUUGAUAUCGGAGAUGAAGUUAAUUCAGCUAUUGAAACUGAUCCAUUAAAUCCAAAUGGAAACUUAAAUGAACCCUCCAUCGUUUGA